CCCACAACACUGCCCAUCGUAUGUUUUGAACCGGUUCUGAACGAUACAUGCAUUGUUUCUUAUUAAGAAAGUUAUAUAACAGCAUAAUAUGCUUAUACGAAACAAUGCCCGGACUACAGAGAUCGUACGUACAGGUGGACUUUGGACUACAUUAUCCGUCGCACAUUGCGAAAAGACGAGUUGGGCUAACUUCAAAGUAGCCAUCAAUAUAGUUGACGACAGUUGAAUAUUUCUCAAGCUUGAUAUCCGUACUUAACACUCUGUAAUUAAUAUGAAGACAUAUGCUAAAAUUACUCGUUGAACUCAAAUUGCUGGAUGGGAACUGGCCGUGGACAUCAAAGAAAUUCAGGAAGUAUUCAGCAGAAUUCAGCAGAAAAGAGUGUCCUAAAAUGAACUCCGUGUUGCUCUUCUACGUGUCCUACCUGCUGUGCCUGUGCUUGGGCUUCCUCUGCGUGGUCUUCGUGUCCUACUGGAACUCCGCGUGGCGCGGGGGCUUCGCGUGGGAUGGCACGGCGCUCCAGUUCAAUUGGCAUCCUGUCCUAAUGGUGACCGGGCUGGUGGUGCUGUAUGGGAACGCGGCAGUAGUGUACCGCAUCCCGCUCACCUGGGGUCAGAACAAGCUGCGCUGGAAGCUGGUGCACGCCAGCAUGCUCUUCCUGGCUCUGCUCCUGACCGUCCUGGGCCUGUGCGCUGUUUUCAGUUUCCACAACGCCAAUGGCACCCCUAAUCUCUACUCACUGCACAGCUGGCUGGGUAUCUGCACAGCAGCCCUCUUUGCAGCACAGUGGGCGCUGGGCCUGGCUGCCUUCCUCCUCCCCUGUUCCCCGAUGGCGUUCCGCAGGCUGGUGAAGCCCCUCCACGUGUGGAUGGGCGGCUUCAUCUUCACCCUCAGCAUCGCAGCCUGCAUAUCCGGCAUCAACGAGAAGCUGUUUUUUGUACUGAAGGGAAGCACCAAUGGGACACAGCCAUAUUCCAUGCUGCCCCCAGAGGCUGUGUUUGCAAACUCAUUAGGUGUCCUUAUCAUAGCAUUUGGAUUGGUUGUCCUGAAAAUCUUGUCCAAUCAGACGUGGCAACGGCCAGAAGCGGUGCAUGAGGAAUUGUCUAAACCAUUGCUUGGAGAGGACAGCUGAUGAGAGAGCACACACCCUUCUCUAAUGAGGACUUUGUUUUUCCUGCUUUUUAAAUAAACUAUUCCUAAAUCGUUCAACAAAAACAAUAUACCUCCUCCCAUAUCCCUUGUUGAAGACCAGGAUUUUUUUCACAUUCUGUUCUCUAUUUUGAAGACACUCCCGGAAACACCACAUUUUCUCGUCUCCUGCAAAAAUGAGUAUUGUGAGCUUGUACAUGCCAAGAAACAAUGAGAACGAUAAAUAUAAAUGGCUGAAUAAACUACUCUUUUAGAUUAUAUUUCGCUAAUAGUGGCUGCGUUUUCAAAAGGAAUUAAAGUUGCGUUCUGCUCAAAAUUUCAUCAGGACUUGCAUUUAAGUGUCAAUACAAAUAAAAAAUGGUAAAUGCAUUUUUA